AUGGACGAUAAGGUGAUACACUGAGCUUUGAGCAUUCGAUUCAGUUGUCGCAGUCAAUGCUCGAUAAAUGCCUGUUGUUGAUAUUGUAAAUACGGUCGCUCAGCUUCACUCGACUUAGCACUGCGUCGGAAAUAUCUAAUUCACCAUGGCUCUCCGGGGGGUUGCAAAAGCUCGCGACUAUGACUAUUCCAAUGUUGGUAAACAGGGAAGGAGAACGGGUAUCACACUCAAAGAAGGUCGACGAGACGAGCAUGGAAUGGAGGAAUUAGAUGGUGUUUUCUCUUCGCCAGAGAGGUCGCCCGUACGGAUGAACGGACUGAAUACAGGGAAUGACACAGUGAUGGGAUCUGAAGGCAUGUCUAUAGACGAAGAAGACGGCCCUGGUCCGACAGAUUUUCUCUCUCGUUCAGCUACUCGUCGUUCCCCAUUUUUUCCACCACCUAUCGCCAGAUCACCAAGAAAGAGCGGAUUGAGUGGAUCUCCGCGACGUACUCCAGCGUUACGAUCAUCACCUAUUGUGCAAAUUGAUAAUGUCUCUUCUAGUCCGACGUCUGCUCGGCAGCGGAGGGGUAGGGUAGGUGAAGAUGAAACAACCUCUGCGCGUCAACCACUCAAUGAUCGUCGACCUAAUACAGCGCCUAUAUCAAACGGGUCGCGACAAAAAGGUGUUUUGAAUGGGUAUGCGAACGACGAAAAUUUACCCAUCAAUGAGGACGAUGACGAGGAGGAAGAGGAAGAGGAGGAAGUUAAUGACAUUAGCGCAUACCAGAAUGAGCCUAUGGAGGAGGAUUAUGGCGUUCACGAGAUUAGCGAUGAUGGCUAUGGGGAUGAUUCUGGUGAAGCACCAGAUACUGUCAAUGUCGAGAAUGACGACCACUCGGAAGAGGAACCAUCGCCCCUUCCAGCAGCUAGUUCGCGCACCAAAAAGCGAAAAUCUCCAGCUACAAAUGAUGAUGUAGAUGUGGAAGCUGAGGACAGACCACAAGGUCUGCCCAAACGACGAGGACGACCUCAAACGGCGCAAGUCGAGAAGGGUGCACAAGCUAAAACCAACGACCAACGACCAGCGAAAAAGGCCAAGUCAUCCAAGGCAGAGCCAAAGUCAAGAGAACCUCUGGAUCCACAGCUGGAGAAAGUUGUGGAGAACCAUGUCAAUCGCACUGGGCCUCUGAAAGGUCGCAGCCUUUAUAUAUUGAAACGAGAGGUUCCAACCGACCAGCAAGCAGCGCAUACUCGUUCAGGCCGAGUGUCAGUGCGUCCAUUGGCGUAUUGGCGUAACGAGCGAUGCGUCUACGGUGAUGGAGAAGCAGAUGUUGGACAACGAUAUCCAUUAUCCACGAUCAAGGAGAUUAUCCGUACAGAAGAACUUGAGCCAGAGAAGAAACCAGGCAAGAAGCGCAAGCCGAAGAAAUCAAAGUCGAAGAAACAAGAGGACGAUUCCGAUGAUGAUGAAGAUGAGAGGGAUAAGUGGGAAGCCGAAGAUGGAGUGUUGCAUGGAUAUAUCAAGAAAUGGGAUUCAGAUAAGCAGGCUGCUUCGAAUGAGGAAGAAAUAUCAGAAAUUGCAUUCUCUCCCUCUGGUAUCGAAACACGAGAUGUGAAAGAUUCCACAUUCCGUGUCGCAAAACUACUCAGUCAACCAUUCUUUGGCAGUGGAAUUGUGGAACUUCCAGCAAAGGGUGUCAAGAAACCAAAGAAUUCGAAGAGAAUGCACAUGGUAUUCUACGUGUGUUAUGGAAGGGUACAAGUUGAUAUCAACGGAGUUCAAUUUACGGCGGGCAAGGGGUGUAUAUUCCAAGUUCAUCGCGGCAACCACUACAGCUUCGCAAAUACGACACCCAAAGAAGCCCGCCUAUUCUUCACACAAGCAUUCAUGCCCAAUGGAAGCGACAAUGACAACGACCAUGAAAACACACAAUCAUCAAAAGCGCCUGCCGCGGCAGAACCCGAACCCGAGCCUGAAGAAAAUAGCAAAGCCGCUGCUCCAGCUGGCAAAGGUAGAGGUCGAGGGCGUGGGCGUGGAAAAGCUGCUGCCAGAUAAGUAUGGCACGUAGUACUUGAUUCAGUUUUGCUAUCGUAUACGGCGUUAUACAAUUGUUUAUCUACUUGGUACUUGUCUAUGGAGUAUGGUGAUUGGUUUGAUGACUACCCCCUAUGUAUGAAGUUGAUUUUGUCUAGCCAGUACCGUAUGUAGUGAUUGGAAUACCUUUUAUCAACGUCAGUAACAGUAUGACAGGUUCCAUUCCAUUCAUUGUUCUGUUGUGGAAAGACAUGGGAGAAAUUGCCAUCUUGGGCAAGUGACAACACUAGCCCUGUUCUGAGAAAGCCCUAAUCAGCACUGUCCAAGCAGUCCUAUGUUGCGAAGUACAUAUGAAUGUAACGCAG